CCGGCCCGGGCACCGCGGCCCCGGGCGGUGCUGGAAGGGACACCUCGAGGCCACGCCGCCACGCCGCUCUCCGGUGCCCGCUGGUGUGGAGGACGGGACCCCGGCUUGCACCCCGGGAAGCGGGGUGGGCGCGGAAGGCGGGGCCCGGAGGGGAGGUGGAGGCUGCGGCCGGGCUCCCCCCCCGCAGCUGCUCCCCUCCUCGGAGCCCGGCAGAGCCGCCCCGCGCCCGGGUACCGCCGCCCCGCGCCGCACCGCCGCCGGCGGGGGCUGCCCCACUGCUGACGGAGACGAGCCGGGACCCGCCGCUCCCACCGCCCCCGCCCCGCGGCCGGGGCUCCGUCCUCCGUCGGGAAGAAGAGGCUGCGCUGACGGCAGGCCGAGGGAGUUUCCGCAAUGGAGAAGAGGGAAGGUGAUAAUCAUGCCAUUGAUCAGAAUGCAGGUCAGAGCAUCAUGCCAAGAAGAAAUACAGGAAACCUUAGCAACUUGAAUGUGGAUAUGCAAGUCACCAAUCCACCAGAAGCAGCUGCACUUUUUAAUUUACAUCAAGCACACCAUUUUGGUGAGUUUGAACACUCUUCAGAACAACACUGUAAGCAGGAUCUGUUCCCCAAGUGGCACUUGCCAAUGAAGAUAGCAUCUGUGAUCUCAUUAUUAACAUUUAUUUACACUUCUAUGAGAGAUGUCAUAUAUCCUUUUGUAACCAGAAAGGAAAAUGUUUUCUAUAAAAUUCCAAUCCUUGUCAUAAACAAAGUUUUACCAGUGGUUUCAAUUACCCUUUUAGCACUAGUAUAUUUACCAGGAAUAUUAGCUGCUGGUUUUCAGCUGUACUUUGGCACCAAGUAUAAAAGGUUCCCCCAGUGGUUGGACAGAUGGAUGUUAUCAAGAAAGCAAUUUGGACUUCUCAGUUUCUUCUUCGCUGCAAUGCACGCCUGCUAUAGCUUAUGCUAUCCAAUGAGAAGAUCAUACAGAUACAAGCUGCUGAACUGGGCAUUCCAGCAGGUCAAACAAAAAAAAGAAAAUGCCUGGAUUGAACACGAUGUUUGGAGAAUGGAGAUUUAUGUGUCUCUAGGAAUUCUGGGACUUGCUUUGCUGGCCUUGUUGGCAAUAACAUCAAUCCCAUCUGUCAGUCACUCUCUGACCUGGAGAGAGUUCCACUACAUUCAGAGCAAGAUGGGAUAUUUAGCUCUGCUGCUAUGCACUGUUCACGCACUGGUGUUUGCUUGGAAUAAGUGGGUUGAUGUUAACCAAUUUAUCUGGUAUACACCACCUUCAUUUAUGGUAGCAGUUUUUCUUCCUAUUGUAGUUCUGCUUUGUAAAUGCAUACUGCUCCUCCCAUGUUUUAGGAAGAGGAUAAAAAAGAUCAGAUGUGGUUGGGAAGCUAACACACAAAACAAUCAAACUAGCAUGACUUCCAGACUGUAGAUCAAAUAUGGACAUUUCCUGUCUAUGUAGGUAAAUAUGCUCAAGGUCAUGAAACGUUCACUCGUGAGCUCUGUUUUCAUAUUUUCCAUAGGUGUUUCUUUUUCACUUUUCAUUUCAACUUCAGAAGUAUGGGAUACUUGAUGCAAUUUGGACCUUUGCUAAAACAGAAGGUGGAAACAUUCAUUUUACACUUUAAUCUGUUCAGUGUUCUGGCAUUUGAUCAUUUCUUUCUUCUGACUCACUGCUUUUAAAAUCCAAGGGCUUCAUUGCCUCAGUCAUAAUUCUUUCAUAGGCAAAAGAAAUCAUAAAUCAUUGCUCCAGAUGACCACAGAAAGUAAAUAAAUGAUUACACUACAGAACACAGGAAUGCCUUCUGCUUCCCACAGCCACGUUUGUUCCUUCGUUAAAUAUCAGUAUUAUAAUGUGACAACAACUAGAAUAUUUAUCAACCCAGUCCCCUUUAGCACCUGCAUCCUACGUUUCACUCUGCAGAAUGGGGACCUUGGCACAUGAGCCAGACAGAAACUGUGUAUUCCCACCAGGUCUUGAACUUAGACAAUUGGGCAAGCGGAAUUGCAGGGAACUUUAUAAGGUAAAUCUCUCCUGAGGCUUGGGCACAGUCUAAAAAAAGUUUUAGACUCAAAUCUCCAUCUUACACAGGACUAGGUGUGUCUCUGUUUACUUAAAACGAUAAAACAUUUCCCAUUUUUUAUUCCAUGAACACGUUCUUUUGUUUCUGAUGCUGGAUAUUUUCCAUGCUUUUGACCUAAGCCUGCAGGCCUUGACACGUGCUAAACUUUAUUCGCACAAAUUAUUCCAGUGGGAUAACUCGCGUCAGGUAAAUGUGUUUUUCUGUUUACUCUAGGGCCAGCACAAUUGUGUGACUGAAGAAAAACACUAAAAAUAGUCAUUUAAAUCUUGACAUUGAUUUGGUGAGAUUUUCAUGUAAAAUGGCUUCUGAAUGCAUUUGCUUUCACAAAAAUUUUCACAUAAGCUAAUUAAACCUCAUUUUCCUUAUGUUGUUAGUAUCUAUUUUUAAAUAUGCUAUGCAGUAGUUAAUAUUUUUACCCAGCAUCAGGAACAUUUUUGCCAGUCUCCCUGCAUGAGUUAACUAGGACAUGGACUGAUGAUGCCACCUAUUGCUGGGAUCAUCUGAAUGAGAACUGUAAUUGCUAAUGGCUCUGGUAUUAAACAAACAGAAAAACAAUGUAUGCAUUAAAAAAUACGUAAUACAUGGUGCUAAUGAUCCUGCAGCUAAUGAUUCUGUUGUACAUUUGUGGUCUUGGUACACUGAGCAUAAAUAACAGACAAAUUAAAUAGCUACAGGGAUACUACGUUUUGUAUUUGCCUGGUUAUAACUCCAUUCAAUUAUUGCAACUUAAAAGUUGGCCUUGUUAUUUGCACUUAAUGUAGUACUGUGAAAAUAACUGGGGACAUGGUGGCCUGUAUAAUAUAGACUAAAGAGAAAUGAGUGGCAUUGUGUAUCAAAUCAGUAAUGCAUGACAGAGGCAAACACUCUAAAACCCAGGAAGCUAGUCUGCAAUGUGAAGAAUUUUCUAACAGAACAGGAAAAGCGUUGAUAACUGAAAACUGGAAAGACAUGAAUGAAGACACUCCUUGGAAGAUGCCAUUCAAAGCUAUUCAUAUGGCAUGUAUAAAACAAAAUCAAGGCAAAUUAAUACGUAUAUGCAUUUAGAGAGCAAAAUAGUGCAAGGGAAUGAUAAUGGGCUUUUCACCAUAUUAUCACCAUUACCAACUGAAAUCUUUUGCACAAGGGCUCUGUUAUGGAACAGCUAGAUCAGUGAGCAUUGAGUAGGGGAGUAUGGUCAAUAUGGUUAUGAAGUCAACAGAAGCUGGAAGUUAAGGUUCUGUGCCUUUGGAGUCUGCAUCUUACUGCACAGCAGUGGGAUUCAGGACACUAAGUCACUGAAAAUGGGACUUUGAUGCCAAAAUUGGUUUGAUCCUUAUGGAUGUUCUUAAAAUAUUCCAUCUCUGAAUCUGUAAGAUAUUGUCUAAUUCGGUGACUAACAGACAGAUCCUUACUGCUGAAAUCACUAUAGGUAUCACUGCUAGAAAACAGAGCAAGAACUCCAUGAACAUGUAAAUAUAUUCUCUCUAUUCAACACUUCAUAAAGAGUUUUUGAGGCCUUUGUUCUAAUACGUCUUCAUCCAAGCAGCAGAAAGGAACUGUUGUCUGUACCAUUGUAUUUAGUGCAUAAAAUCAGAACAAGGCACAUCACAAGCAUAGAACUCCUUCAGGAAGUACUAAAGAAAAUGUAUGUGCAUGUACAUCUUUAUUUAUCUUCUAUUCAAGGUGCAGCAAUGAUAAAUUUAGAAAAAUUUAGAUUCAUCCCACUUCAAGUGGCUGAUAAAUCGUGUCCUACUGUAAUCAUGCCCUAUUGUAUUACCCUGCUUUAUGCAAUUGUUACACAAGGCAGUGCAAACUAGCAUAACUUCAUUAAUUUCUGUCUCUUAAUAUAGGUUGACAUCCUAACAUAAACUACAGGUGAAAACCAAUUUCGAGUUCAUCACAUACUAUCCAAACUGACCUUUUAUGCUGAUCGUUCAGCUGGGGACAUUAAGCACAGUUCAGAUUUUUCUCUCUAGCACUGCUCAGGAGCAAACCCAGAAGUGCCUUCUACCAGCUGAAAUUUGCAUACUAUGUACAAAAGCUAUUCCUAAAAUCACACAUGACAUCCAAACAUUCAAGCAGGUUUUUCCCUACUGAUUGUCUCAAGUAGGAGACAGGUUUUCUGUGUCACAGCUAGCCAUUUCUGUAGAAACCACUGUUGAAUGCUUAUAGCCAGAAUUUGAGACCUCAUAUCAAGUCUUUUUUCCCUGCAUUUUCAGUCUUUAGUAAACUGCUUCUAACUCACUCACUUCCCAAUCUGCAGAACUGGAGCAGUAACACUUUACAAGACAUUGCAACAGCAUUUUCAAGCUUUUAAGGCACUCAGAUAUAAUAGUAAGGGAGGAGAGUCAUGUAAGGGCUAUAAAGGGCUACAGAAGAAAAUGCUAUUGCCAGUAUUUUAUUUCUCCCUUUGUAAUAGCCAUAAUUUAGUUCAACACUAAUUAAAAUAAUUGCAUAUGUAACUUUUAAUUUAUGUAUGCUUAUGUACCUAUUUCAAAAUUCAGUGUACUAAUAUGCCUAUAUACUACUAUAAUACCUAAAAUCAAUGUGUGUGCAAAUUUUAGGCACUUAUUUGUAUAACACUGAUUACUUUUAUACAACUGUGCAUCAUUAAAUGCUUCAAUGUAUGCUGUGUCUGCCAUUGUGUCAUACGCAUACAGGAUAUAAGGGUAAAAAGGCACAGUACACUCUAGAAGAGCUGCUGCCAUGAACAACAAAAAACCCACACCCCCCAUGCUGGUGCAAAGUCCAGAGUCUACAAAGGAGAGGAGACAGAGAUAUGAAAAGCAAAACGGACACAUUCAUAGGGGGAUGUAAUGAAAGGACAUUUUUUCUGACAGAUCUUUUAACUGACAGAUUACAUAUGCUAGCAUUUAGAGGAGAUUUUGUGAGAAGGAAGAAAAAGCUGAGAUAGUUGUGGAGUGCUUUGGAGGGAUACCUAUGAUCCCUGAAAACACUGAUCAAAGACCAGGAAAAGCUCAAGAAUGGUGAGGGCAUUGUGGAGAGGAAAGGAAUAUAGGCAUAUUUUUGUGUAAGAAUCCAUCACUCCAGUGUAAGUGGAUUUGCAGUCCCUCUACAGAAGCUGCAAAGUACUUCCUUCAUUUGUUAUAUGUCCCCAAUGUAUUUAAGUCAGAGACACAGAAUUGAAACUCUGGAGAGAGACUUGUAAAUCGCUGAAGGGACUUGAGGAAUUUUAUGUCAAAUUUACCUGGGGUAGCCAGACCCCAGAAUACUAUUCCCAAGAAGUGGUACCAACAAUCAGUGCCCAAGAAGCUAGAGACAGGGCUGUGCUGGCUAUGGUUUCAUGUAAAUUCCUGUUGACAGCAACAUUUACCGUAAGCAGUCCCUCCCUUUGGCCACUCUUCACUGUUCUCUCAGUUCUGCAAGUGUUCAAAGCUGUGAAGUUAAUCAGACCAGGCAAUUGGAUACAGUUGAAAAGUAGGGAAAAGCAGCAGGGAAAAGAAUGAUUCAGACAGAUCCAUACACUGGUCUGAUUCACCUGACAGCCAUGCACAUGUGCCAGCAGGAAGGCAGGAAAGAGAAAUGGCACAAAGGGGCAGCUUAACUUAAACCAGCUUAAACUGCAAAAAUUCAAAACUUAAGUUAUUUCAUCCUAUUGCAGUAACAAGAACGUUUCAUUGCUUCACUUAUAUGUCACGUUCUCAGUUUUCCAUGAAUCAGUAGGCAAAAAUGUGUUCUAGAAAUUGUCACCAAAACCAUACAAAACUGACUGACCUCUCCAUGACUGUGGACUGCGUGGCUUCAUUUGUAGAGAUGAUGAUCUCAUGUCUUCCCUUCUUUUCUGCUACAUCCAUAGUUUCUAGUACUGUCCCUUGAUAAUAUGAAAUGUUAUGUUAACAUAAUUAAAUGUUAUGUUAAUUUUUGAAAUUCAGACUAUUUUCUGUUAGCUGAUUUGCUUAAAACGGCAUUAACAGAAUCAUUUAAAAGAACAAAACAAAACAAAAAGAUUUUUGAAAACAUGCUGAAUCCACCCCUGGAGAAUGUAGUAUGUUGUAGUCACUGUAAGCGUCUGGCAAUGGCUGAUCAUUGCCACUGAUUUUUUUCAGUAGUGCCAGGUUUUCUUGAUCAAAAUAAUUUAUUUUCUGAGACCUUGGACUCCUUAAAAAAUCUCAUUGAAUUCAGUUGCAUCAGAGUUAAACUUUUGCAUCAUUGUUUGAACUUUUCCAUAGAUUGAAUGUAACAUUUGAAUGGGUGUGGUGAGCCUAAUUUAUUAAGCAUGCAUAACAAGAUUUUAGAGGUUUUCAUACGAAAAUAUAUAAAAGCAGUCAGUGAAACAGACUCUAUAAUCUUAUAAAAAAGACGACCACAGCUACUUCCAAUA